AUUGUUUUGAAUCCUAUACUCUGAAUUCUGAUCCGAACAAAUAAUUUUUUAUUUUUAAUCACGGUAAAAUAAAAACAAAAAUAAAAUAAAAAAGAACCACGCGCGCACCGUGUAUCUGUCUCCCAAUUCAUUCAUAAUCAUAUCAACUCAAACAAACUGGUAACAACAAUUCACACUCUCAGAGAGAAGAGAAAAUCACACACUCACACUUUCUCUCUCUCUCUCUGAUCUCUUCGUUCUGCAACUAUGAGCUCAAUUGUUCAGGGUUUUACAAAGUCACUUGCCAUGACCGUUCUCUCCGAGAUCGGUGACAAGACUUUCUUUGCAGCUGCGAUACUGGCUAUGCGACACCCACGACGCCUUGUCUUAUCAGGUUGCCUCGCGGCUUUGAUAGUGAUGACAAUUCUCUCUGUUCUUGUUGGUUGGGCUGCUCCAAAUCUGAUCUCUCGUAAUUGGACUCAUCAUAUUACAACAUUCUUGUUUUUGGGAUUUGGACUUUGGUCCUUGAAAGAGGCUAUAUUUGAAGGAGGGGAGUCAGAGGAAUUGGCUGAAGUUGAAGCUCAAUUGGACAAAGAUUGGAAGGCUAAAAAUGGAGCUACAAAAGAUAACAAAAAGGAUGAUGAUGCCACAAAAAAGCAUAAACGGUCAUUUUUAUCACAAUUUUUCUCUCCCAUCUUGUUACAGGCAUUUUCUAUCACUUUUUUUGGUGAAUGGGGUGACAAGAGCCAGCUGGCUACCAUAGGUUUAGCUGCAGACGAAAACCCAUUUGGGGUGGUUCUUGGAGGGAUUCUGGGACAAGCAUUGUGUACUACUGCUGCUGUUAUUGGAGGGAAGAGUUUAGCUUCUCAGAUAUCUGAAAAAGUGGUUGGACUCUCGGGUGGAAUUCUUUUCAUUGUUUUUGGCAUCCAAUCAUUCCUUUCACCAGUCGAAUCAUGAAGUCUAUGCUAUUGGUUAGUGAUUAGUCUAGAUGCUUUUCUUACAAGAUAUGUUUCGCAAGUAUGCUUGUUAUAGUGGUUGAGAUUGGCUUCCAAAAGAGCUCGCCUUUCCACCUUGGGUCAAAGCUUUCAUUCUUUUUAGUUGUUACCUUUUAAAAGAUUUUAUGGUUCCAAAUAAAGAUACCCCUGUAGAACCAGACCCAAAUUUAGUAUAGGAACUUGAUUGGAUUAUUCCUUUUCAACACGGACUUGCAGGAACAGAUUCUCUCACGGGAGAAUUUCACGAAAUUUGUAAAUGUCUGUGAAGAGUCUUCACAUGACACUUGUGUGAAAUUUGUAAUGUGAAAAUUACCAUUAAAGGAUCCAUUUCCAUGUGCCUACACUUAACCUCUUUAUCUUCUUUUCUUAAUCUAUUAAUGCAUGUGUUUGUUUUCAA